CCGCCCACUCUUAAACUGCCCCCACCCCUCGCCGGAUGAAAAUAGCUUGAUACAUUGCAGCCUACGGUUGGAAGCCAUUAUAAUUCACACUGUGAUUUCAACGGCAAAGCUUCAAUGAGUUUUAUUAGACACGGUUGUACCAGUUGUAUUAUCGCAUUUAAAAGAGUAGUUAAGUAGAGAGACGAAGUAAUCAAGGGUUUUACGACGACUGCAUUUUCUACCCAGGUUUUAAGGCGCGGAGGGAUCUGACGAUAGCAGAAGCUGAAGGGGGGGAGAAGUCGUCUACAUCCGCAGGCAUCGAUUUCCCACUUUAAUUAAUCUUGUUUUUACCGUCGGUGCUUGGCUUUUCUUCUUGGUCUCUGCCCUCAUUUAGAUGGCAAGCUUCCCAGACUCUAUAAACGAAAAUGAUAUAGGUAAGGCGAAGUUCAUUGGUGAACUCCUGGUGCCUGUUGCUCCCUUUGACCAGAAGGCUGGGCAUGAAGCUUGGACUGUAGCGUUUGCACCCAAUGGUUCUUACUUCGCUUGGUCUCAGGGGCAUCGCAUUGUCAGGCUCAUUCCGUGGUCAAAAUGUCUGACCAAUUUUUCAGUGGGCCAGGAUGGAGAAGGCACUAAUGCGUUAAGUCCCCGACGCUCUUCCCGUCAGAACAGUGAUGGAGGCCAAUAUAUACAGACAGCCGGCGAUCCCAGAGAGCACACCAUUGACUGCGGCGACAUCGUCUGGGGUUUGGCUUUUGGCUCAUCUGUGCCUGAGAAGCAGAGCCGUUGUGUUAACAUCGAAUGGCACCGGUUUAAAUUUGGCCAGGACCAAUUGCUACUGGCAACUGGCCUCAACAAUGGUCGCAUCAAAAUCUGGGAUGUUUACACUGGUAAACUGUUGCUGAAUCUCAUGGAUCAUUCUGAUGUAGUGCGAGACUUGACCUUUGCUCCUGAUGGAAGCCUCAUGUUGGUUUCAGCAUCCAGAGAUAAGACCCUCCGUGUGUGGGACCUCAAAGAUGAUGGUAACAUGGUGAAAGUUUUGCGGGGUCACCAGAAUUGGGUCUACUGCAGCGCCUUUUCCCCUGACUCGUCCAUCCUGUGCUCUGUCGGCACAGGCAAAGCAGUGUUCUUGUGGAACAUGGAUAAAUACACGUUAAUCCGGAAGUUGGAGGGCCACCACAAUGAUGUGGUGUCUUGUGAGUUUUCACCAGAUGGGGCGCUGUUGGCCACUGCCUCCUAUGACACGCGGGUCAUUGUCUGGGAUCCCCACAAGGCCAUGAUCCUUCUCGAGCUGGGCCACCGCUUUCCUCCGCCGUCACCCAUUUUUGCUGGAGGGUCAAAUGACCGCUGGGUGCGCUCUGUGAGCUUCUGCCCCGACGGCCGCCACAUCGCCAGCAUUACUGAUGACAGACUGGUCCGUUUCUGGAGUAUUGAAGAAAGAGCUCCCCAGGCCAUCGCCUCUCUCGCUAAUGGCCUUUGCUGUGCCUUCUCUCCUGAAGGAAGUGUCCUUGCUGCUGGAACCUGUGACGGCGGCGUGCACUUUUGGGAGUGUCCUCGUAGCACUGCCAGCCUGCAGCACAUGUGCAGAAUGGCUCUCAGGCGAGUGAUGACCACGCAGCAGGUGGAGUCGCUGGCCAUUCCCAUGCCGCUCCGUGACUACCUGUCCUACAAAGUCAUCUGAUUGUCCUCGAGCAUCCGUUAGUGUGCGCACGGCACGCCAGAAAGCUGACAACAAAACACGUCGUCUCUGUAUUUAUUUUCAGAGAAGUUUGUAAGAUUUGUGAAUGUUGAGAAGAUCAUAAUUCCAUUUUAAUAACGUCAUCUCAAAUUCCCAGCACAUAGUCCCAGAUUAGGAUGUUAUUUUGUAUAUAUUUAUUUUUGUAAUGGCUUAUUGUACAAUGAAUGGUGUGUUGGAGCCAGUGCGCCUUCAACGCCUGUGAGGUCAACUUCUUUGUUGUGCUUUUUUCUCCUGUGUCAAUCAUCGGCUUUUAAACUCAGCUAUCAAGUUUUCCGCUCCUCUUUCUUUCUCAGGCUCACUUGAACUGUCUUCAUCUUUUCCUCUGCCUUGAAAUGGCUUUUGCACUUAGUACAAGGGCAAGGGGCUUUGCCGUGAUGCGUCGUUUAAAUGUCUUUGCUGUUUGCACAUAAGUGAGAACAAGUUGGAACAUAUGGUGAACUUAAACCUCUUUCACAAUGGCAUCUGAACUAUUUUGUUUUCCUCUGGCCUUUUCCCACGACAAAAGUGUAAUGUUUAACACCCACGACUGACUGUCUGCAUCCCUUUGUGUCGAAAGUAGUUGCUGAUUUCAGGCAAUAAUUCAGAAAGCAGAAUUCCAUGCCAUGUCGUGAGUCAUUGUGAAGAGACGGGCAGAACAGUCCCGGUUCUGCAAUUAUUCCUCUGAUGUGCUACUUUGGCUGGAAUGCUAAUAGCAGGGUUUUUUUUUUUUGUUAAAGUCCCCGGAAAUAUUCGAAUUUCAGUAUUUACAGUUUUCUUUAAAGUCUUAAUUGUACUCCGUGUCCAGUCCCCACCUUUUCUCUACAACUGCUUUACCAACAACAAAAUGUGGGUGUACAUUUUACCCAGUUGCGGUUCUUUUUCUCAGUGCAAUUAAUCGCUUGCCGCCUUUUGUCUAAAUGACAAUUUCACCAAACUGAUAUGCUCAACUAAUUGUAGCACAUUCAUCCUUAAGAGUGACUUUCUUCUGCUAAAACAAACCUGCAUGUUUUUCUGCCCUCCCAGUGUUUAAUGACCUCUAAUGAAAACAAAACACCUCUUAAGCUUAGCUGCAAACUUGUGUAAAAGCUUCAUACCCAAGAAACUGUGGUAUGAGAUGUACAUACAGUAUUGGUAAACCUAUCAACUUAAUCUUCAUUUUGUUUUUUUCCCUCGAGAAACGUGAAAGUAUAAACAACUAAAUGUCUCUGUUCUACAGUUUAAUUUUGGGACCGUAGCACGAAAUGCAACGGUUCUAUGCCAAUAUGAAACGAGUGUGAAUUAUGGAAGUACAUUAUUGGAUUUAUGAUUGCAGUCUCAUGAGAUCCCAGUUUGCUUUAUUAGAAAUAUGCACAAGCCACAGUAAUGCUUUCAGAUGCUCAAUUACUCACUUUGAGUUUGUGCUGUUAUGUCUAUGUGAGGACAGGACGUGAAAGAAGGGAAAGUGAGCACUAUGUUCGAGUUUUUGUGUCAAUGUGAGCAAAUCGGUGCAGAGCAGCUGUCAGAUUCUUCUGAGCAAUAAGUUCCCAGCAACUGAAGGUUGCGUUACCCAACAUUGAAGUACUUUUGAACUAAGAACGAAAAGAGGUCUGAAGUUCCAUGCGGUAUGAAUUGCUUAAGGUAUCAACUGAAUGUAAGUUGCCAUUUUAAGGAAGUGUUUUUGUAGUUUCAAUAAAGGCUUUUUGACAAUA